AUGGAGUCCAACCUACAGGGGGCCUUCUUGCUGAACAACACCCCGCUGGCCCAGUUCUCAGAGAUGAAGGCUCCUGUGUGCCAGUACUCCAUGCAGAACUCCUUCUACAAGCUCAGUCCUCCGGCGCUUGGCCCCCAGCUGGCUGCUGGGACCCCCCAUGGGAUCACGGACAUCCUGAGCAGGCCUGUGGCCACGCCGAACAGCAGCCUCCUUUCCAGCUACCCCCACGUGGCCAGUUUCAGUGGCCUCAGCUCCCAGGGGGUCUACUAUGGUACCCAGAUGGGGAAUUUUCCCAAGUCUGGGAACGAGUACCCAACACGGACCCGGAACUGCUGGGCAGACACAGGCCAGGACUGGCGCGGCGGGCGGCAGUGCGGCGAUGCCCCAGACCACCUGAGUGAAGGCGUCCACAAGAAGAAGCACACCCGGCCCACCUUCACUGGGCACCAGAUCUUUGCCCUGGAAAAAACCUUUGAGCAGACCAAGUACCUGGCUGGCCCCGAGAGGGCGAGGCUGGCAUACUCACUCGGCAUGACCGAGUCACAGGUCAAGGUGUGGUUCCAGAACCGCAGGACCAAAUGGCGUAAGAAGAGUGCCCUGGAGCCCUCCUCCUCCACUCCACGGGCCCCGGGAGCUGCAGGCACAGGCGGGGACCACGCCCCCUCGGAGACUGAGGACGACGAGUACAACAAACCCCUGGACCCCGAUUCUGACGACGAGAAGAUCCGGCUGCUGCUCCGCAAGCACCGCGCCGCCUUCUCCGUGCUCAGCCUGGGCACGCACAGCUCAUGA